GGCGCUCCUGCUGAACCGGCAACGCUCCUUCCGUGUGCCUUACUCGGGAUCUGCCUGCUUGCUUGGGUCGCGUCUUUUGGGUCCUGUCGCGGAAAGCCGGCCUCCUGCGCAUGAUGCCGCAGCUCGGACUUCUGCCCAAGAGGGCCUGGGCCGCGCUCUUCCGCCAGCUGCUGCGACCACAGCGAUCCGCGUGUCCCCAGGCGGUCCGCUGUCACAGCCAGGUUGCAGAGUCAGUGUUGACAUCGCAACUGAAAUCACAUCAAGAAACACCAAAUUUUGUCAUCAAGACCCCAAAGGGCACUAGGGAUUUUAGUCCUGAGCAGAUGGUCGUGAGGGAGAAAAUUCUUGAUGUGGUUGUUAGCUGUUUCAAACGUCACGGAGCAAAGGGUCUGGAUACUCCGGCAUUUGAGCUGAAGGAAAUGCUCAGCGAGAAUUAUGGAGAGAACUCAGGGCUCAUCUAUGAUCUGAAGGACCAAGGUGGAGAAUUACUGUCCCUUCGCUAUGACCUUACAAUCCCUUUUGCUCGUUAUCUGGCCAUGAAUAAACUGAAGAAGAUGAAACGCUACCAUGUUGGAAAAGUGUGGCGUCGGGAGAACCCAACCGUAGCCCAAGGCCGCUACAGGGAGUUCUGCCAGUGUGAUUUUGACAUUGCAGGUCAGUUUGAUCCUAUGAUCCCUGAUGCAGAAUGUUUGAAGAUCAUAAGUGAAAUCCUGACUGGGUUACAGUUGGAGAACUUUCUCAUUAAGGUCAACGACCGGCGGAUUAUAGAUGGGAUGUUUGCUGUCUGUGGUGUUCCGGAAAGCAAGUUCCGUGCCAUCUGCUCCUCAAUAGACAAACUAGACAAGAUGUCUUGGACAGAUGUGAGACAUGAGAUGGUGGCAAAGAGAGGCCUGACUCCGGAGGUGGCUGAUCGAAUUGGGGACUAUGUCCAGUGUCGUGGUGAUGCAUCCCUAGUGGAACAAAUGUUCCAGGACCAUAGACUGUCCCAGAACCGGCAGGCCCUGGAGGGCCUGAGGGACCUGAAGCUGCUGUUUGAGUACUUAACACUUUUUGGAAUUGCCAAGAAGGUCUCUUUUGACCUGAGCCUGGCUCGGGGCCUGGAUUACUACACAGGUGUGAUCUAUGAAGCAGUCCUGCCACAGACCCCAGCUCAGGCUCAAGAGGAGCCCCUGAAUGUGGGCAGUGUGGCUGCUGGUGGCCGCUAUGAUGGGCUGGUGGCCAUGUUUGACCCUAAAGGCCACAAGGUACCCUGUGUAGGACUCAGUAUUGGCGUCGAGCGGAUCUUCUACAUUGUGGAGCAGAGGAUGAAGACUGUUGGUGAGAGUGUACGAGCCACAGAGACUCAAGUGUUUGUGGCCACACCCCAGAAGAACUUCCUCCGAGAGCGGCUGAAGCUGAUUGCUGAACUUUGGGAUGCUGGGAUCAAGGCAGAGAUGCAAUACAAAAACAACCCUAAACUAUUAAGUCAACUGCACUACUGUGAACACACAGGCAUUCCACUGGUGGUCAUUAUUGGUGAGCAAGAACUGAAAGACGGGGUCGUGAAGCUUCGCUCAGUAGCCAGCAGAGAGGAGGUGCAUGUUAAGCGGGAAGAUCUUGUAAUUGAAAUUCAGAAGCGACUGUCUGAGUCUUGAUCCUUCAAAGCCAUCUGCUGCUGUUUGUAGAAAAAGUUCCAUCCAGAACAGAAUUCCUGCUGGAUUUCACAACAGCUGGCCAGGAUGAGUGCAAAAGCCUUCUACCUCCUCCGUCCUUCCCGGGUACAGCACUAUAGAAGGCCCCGAGGACUGCUGGGCUGCUGAGCUGCUGAGCAACUGCUCUGCAUGACUGCAGAUGGUUGUGAUGUGAAAGACACGUUUUCUAGCUGCAGAGGCAAAUAAGGAGUGCUGCCAAGCACCACCAAGAGGUGCUGAGCCAGUUGCUGUAAGCAUAGCUUGCGUUUGGGAGAGUUACCUCGGGCUGUGGAUUCUGAACCGUUGAGAUCAGAAGCAAGACACAACCACCUUCCACGGCAGCUCUGGGAAUUUGUCCUCAGCCAACCAGUGGCACAUCCAGGGAGUUUUGGAAAGAGAGCAAGAAAUAGUGACUGCUGUUUCCUUUGAGGACAGGGAUGCCAUCCUAAGGGCAUGGAGUACUCAAGUUGAUCUGUUGUCUCUCUGGCCCAUCCUCUGUAAUAGUAGGAUGGAGCUGCUCUCUGUCUAAUCCUGAUUGUUGAAUUCAAUAGGUGACAAGAUGGAGAUCUGCUCAUUUGCUAUGCCAGAGUCAUGCUUGGACUAGUUUGUGCCCUGCAGUUCUAAGAGGUGGUUGACAAUGUGAAA